GUCAUCUGGAGGAAAGGAACCACCAUUCCUUUUCAAACCCAAAUCCAAAACCUUGAGAGCAGAAGGGGAGGAACGAGAGCGUAUUUUCCUCACAGAAUCUGCCCGCUUCCCUUUUACAGUCUAGAAAAGAUCAGGGAAUCCGGAGCUAAUAAGAUCUUUUGCGGGGGAUGCGUGGCAGGUUCACCGUAGAUUUUCUUUGCUUGUAAGAAUUCUUUAGGAUCAGGAAGGAGAACAAAACAAGAUCAGAGGGUUUGUGAUUCUGAUAUGGGUUUCUUGGUUGAUUCACAAGAAGGUGUUGGCAAGGGAGGCUCAUGGGGUUGUGUUAGGACUUUGAUUAGGAGGAAGCAGGUGGAUUCUGCCCGCGUAAAGUUAGGGGGUCAACAAUUGGCCAAGGAGUUGUCUGUUCCUCAUCUGAUUGCAAUUGGAGUUGGCUCAACAAUUGGAGCUGGAGUCUAUAUUCUUGUGGGAACGGUUGCUAGAGAGCAUACUGGACCUGCCCUUACCAUUUCCUUUCUAAUAGCUGGAAUAGCAGCUGCUCUUUCAGCCUUUUGCUAUGCUGAGCUCGCUAGUCGUUGCCCAUCUGCUGGGAGUGCCUAUCACUAUUCAUACAUAUGUGUUGGAGAAGGUGUUGCUUGGUUGAUUGGUUGGGCCUUGAUACUGGAAUAUACAAUAGGUGGUGCAGCUGUUGCUCGUGGCAUAUCCCCAAAUCUGGCAUUGCUUUUUGGAGGUGGGGAUAGUUUGCCUGCCUUUAUAGCACGUCAACAUAUUCCUGGGCUUGAUAUUGUUGUCGACCCAUGUGCAGCAAUUCUUGUAUUUAUUGUUACUGGGCUACUGUGUUUUGGAAUCAAGGAGAGUACACGGGCGCAAGUCAUUGUCACUACAGCAAAUGUAUGUGCCAUGAUUUUUGUCAUAAUAGCUGGUUGCUAUUUGGGAUUUAAGUCUGGAUGGACUGGAUAUCAAGUUCCAACAGGGUAUUUUCCCUUUGGUGUUGAUGGAAUGCUUGCUGGUUCUGCAACAGUCUUCUUUGCGUAUAUAGGUUUUGAUUCAGUUGCCAGCACUGCUGAGGAGGUGAAGAAUCCUCAACGAGAUUUGCCACUUGGGAUUGGUGCUGCAUUGUUUGCUUGCUGUGCAUUGUAUAUGAUGGUAUCUGUCAUAAUUGUUGGUUUAGUACCUUAUUAUGCAAUGGAUCCCGACACCCCCAUAUCCUCUGCAUUUGCUAGCCAUGGAAUGCAAUGGGCAGCUUACAUCAUAACUAUUGGAGCUAUUACUGCUCUUUGCUCAACAUUAUUGGGUUCCAUUCUUCCUCAGCCACGAAUUUUGAUGGCUAUGGCUAGAGAUGGUUUGCUGCCACCAUUUUUCUCAGAUGUUAACAGGCGUACCCAAGUUCCUCUGAAGGGCACUAUAGUGACUGGGAUUGGCUCUGCUAUCUUGGCAUUCUUUAUGGAUGUUUCUCAGCUCGCAGGGAUGGUCAGUGUGGGUACACUUCUUGCAUUCACCAUGGUGGCGAUAUCUGUAUUGAUACUCAGAUAUGUCCCACCUGACGAGGUGCCGUUGCCUUUGUCUCUUCAGGGGUUAAUUAAUUCAGCAUCAUCACAAACUGGUAGGAUUAGCCAGGAGAAAAAUGGAGAAGACCCUAAAGUUAGUGUUGACCAGUCUGGAGAUGCUACUAAACCUUUACUUGGCAAAGAGGAUGCUUCAGCUGAAUAUUCUCUUGCAAAAAAUCUGUUUUUAGGCAAUUCAGAUGUAUUACUGAACGAGGAAAACAGGAGGAAAAUUGCAGGUUGGACCAUCAUGUUCACGUGUGUUGGGGUUUUACUCCUUACAUAUGCAGCUUCAAAUUUGGGACUACCCAGAUCUCUUCGUUUCACAAUGUGUGGAGUUGGUGGUACAUUUCUCUUAUCCGGCCUGGUUGUGCUGACCUGUAUAGAUCAGGAUGAUGCGAGGCACAGCUUUGGGCAUGCAGGAGGUUUCAUUUGCCCAUUUGUGCCGCUGCUACCUAUUAUGUGCAUUCUUAUCAAUGUCUACUUACUGGUUAAUCUCGGAGCUGCCACCUGGGCUCGUGUUUCAUUGUGGUUGGUAAUAGGAGUGCUUGUUUAUUCAUUUUAUGGCCGAACACACAGCUCGCUGCGGGAUGCAAUCUAUGUGACGUUAGCCGAUGCCGACGAGAUCUAUGCUAGCCCAUCGAGCAUUUUGGUUUAAACUCUAAAGGGACCCAUAUCUUCUGUGCCCCCCACAUGGGUUCCUUAUGAAUCUUUGAUUUAAGGAAGAAUCUCUUGGUUCUAUCCUUGGAAGUCUUGAGGCUAUUUUGUUCUCUGUUCCUAGUUUGUAAUAUUCUAAUGGUAAGGACUCAGAAUAAGAGUCUGUUGUACAAUAUUAUAUGGUACGUCAUAGGCGGAUGGUUUGAGGCUUGUUCAAACAUUGUAAAUAAUUUAUGAAUGAAGAUCCUAGCAAGUACCAAGUAUAUAAAUAAAUAA